CGGAAGUGAGCUAAGGGGAUCCCUUUUCGCUGGCGGGAGGCGAGGUGCGCGCGUGUCUCUCAGAGGCAGCGCGUGGCGAGGGGCAAGAUGGCGGACGGGCCAGGCUCUGUCUCUAAGAAGCACAAGAAAAAGAAAGAACAGAAAUCUAUGCGAGAUGAAGAUGUUGCUGAUAUACAGUAUUCUGAAGAAUUCUUUAUCAAGCCUGAAUCCAGAGUGGCUCAACUAGACACAUCACAAUGGCCUUUACUUCUCAAGAACUUUGACAAGCUGAAUGUGAGGACAGCACACUACACACCCCUUCCUUCUGGUUGUAAUCCCUUAAAAAGAGAGAUUGGCGAGUAUGUAAGGACAGGCUUCAUAAAUCUGGACAAACCUUCUAACCCUUCUUCCCACGAAGUGGUGGCCUGGAUCCGCCGCAUCCUACGUGUUGAGAAGACAGGGCAUAGUGGGACAUUGGACCCCAAAGUGACUGGGUGCCUGAUUGUAUGCAUUGAGCGAGCAACACGCUUGGUCAAGUCUCAACAGAGUGCAGGCAAAGAGUAUGUGGGAAUCGUUCGGCUGCACAAUGCAAUCGAGAGUGAGGUUCAGCUGUCAAGGGCAAUAGAAACACUGACUGGUGCCCUCUUCCAGCGGCCCCCACUCAUUGCUGCAGUGAAGAGGCAGCUGAGAGUCCGAACAAUCUAUGAGAGCAAAUUGGUAGAAUAUGAUCCAGAAAGAAGAUUGGGUAUCUUCUGGGUGAGCUGUGAAGCUGGGACCUACAUCCGGACACUGUGCGUGCACCUGGGCUUGUUGCUGGGAGUUGGAGGUCAGAUGCAGGAGCUCCGGCGGGUGCGAUCUGGGGUCAUGGGAGAGAAGGACCACAUGGCGACUAUGCAUGAUGUGCUGGAUGCCCAAUGGCAAUAUGACAACAACAAGGAUGAGACGUACCUCAGGAGGGUGAUCUUCCCCCUGGAGAAGCUGCUGACAUCCCACAAGCGACUGGUUAUGAAGGACAGUGCGGUGAAUGCCAUUUGCUAUGGCGCAAAGAUCAUGCUACCUGGCCUGCUGCGGUAUGAAGAUGGCAUUGAGCUCAAUCAGGAAAUAGUGGUUAUCACCACGAAAGGAGAGGCCAUCUGCACAGCCAUUGCCUUGAUGACAACUGCAGUGAUCUCUACUUGCGACCAUGGAGUUGUGGCAAAAAUCAAGCGUGUGAUCAUGGAAAGAGACACGUACCCUCGCAAGUGGGGACUUGGCCCAAAAGCUUCUCAGAAGAAGAUGAUGAUCAAGCAAGGCCUGUUGGAUGCACACGGCAAGCCCAAUGAGAAAACUCCCCAGGCCUGGAAGACUGAUUAUGUGGAUUAUAAUAGGGUUGCUGGAAAGGAAAAGGUAAAAGAGGAAGUCGCCCAAGAGGAGCCAGAAAGGCCAACAAAGCGGAAGCGGGAGAUUGAAAGUGAUGGGGAACCCGGUGCAGCAGCCUCCUCUCCCCCAGCCUCUCCAGAGCUGCAAGCAGAAAUCAAGAAAGCGAAGAAGAAAAAGAAAGAGAAGAGGAAGUCAGAGCUUUCUGAGAGUGGCAAGGAGCUAAGCGAAAUGGGCAGUAACACAAGUGUGAAGAAGAAGAAAAAGAAAAAGAAGCAAGAAGAAACUGAGAGCUCAGAGUAACCAGCAAUUAUCAUCUAGAGCAGGCAGCCUGGGCCAGCAUAAGAAAGUGUCUGAAGGCCUUAACGAAAGCACAGACUGGAUCAUUGAGCAGAGACUUGACCUGAUUGCUGUGCAAAUUAAUGUACUUUUGUUGGGGGGUCAGCAUGACAAGCUCCCUCUGUCCUGUUCUAAGGAUAGCUGGAGGAAUUGGAGGCCGCAAACCCACCCAGGCCUUGUUGACUGUGAGGAAUUGCUCUGAGCUUGUGAGACUCCUUUUUUGGGGGAAACACAAGGCAGCCCUUGAUUUUGGCACUAGUAGCAGAGUCUUCCUUUGCCCCUCCUGCCUUCUUCGUGUUUCCCUCUGCUUGAAUGUGCAGGAGCUGCUGAACGGUAGCGGCAGCUUGUCUAUGGGUGGGGGUGAAAAGGGGUUUUGUCAUGAGUGGUCAGAUGCUUCAUUUUAAAAAUAAUGCUUUUGUAUUG